GGAGGAGGGACUGCACAGGCUGACUGGGAGCUUGCUGACGGUCCCUGUCUGCUUGGGGAGCUGGGAUGCUGCAGGCCGGCAGCUUCUUUAUGGACAUCACACACAGGUCCAGGGUCGUGGAUCCCCCAGGGAACGUGACGGAACGUUGUUACAAAGCACACUCACACAGUACAGUGUUGGAGGGACUGCCGUUUGGAGGAGUACCCACUGUUCUCGCCAUCAAUUUCCUGGCUUGGCUGCUGCUGCUCCUGGUCUUUUCAUGUUUGAGGAAGUCUGCAUGGGAUUACGGCCGUCUAGCUUUGCUUAUCGACAAUGACAGCCCUGCUCAGCGCCGCAGAUUCACAUCAUACGAUCUUACCUCCCUGUUCUAUGGUGAGCCAAGUGACAAGGAAAAGUCCCCUUGUGAAGUGAGCCCUUCAGAACUGAGAACUAAAGAUGGGGGAUUCUGCUCCUGGCUGAGUUCACUCUACCAGAUAAAGGAUGAGGAGAUCCAAAGCAAAUGUGGUGCAGACGCAAUCACAUACCUGUCCUAUCAGCGCCACCUCCUUGUGUUGUUGCUGCUGGCUUGUGUUCUGUCUGUGGCCAUCAUUCUGCCAAUCAACUUUUCUGGAGAUCUGCUGGGUCACAGUCCGGCUCAGUUUGGUCGUGCCACCAUUGUCAACGUUCCCACACAGGACCGGUUUUUGUGGGUGCACAGCGUGUUUGCGUUUCUGUACUUUGUGUUCACCGCUCUGAGUAUGCGGCAUCAUUCGGCCUCUUUACACUGCAAGGAGGAUGACAAGGUGGCAAGAACGCUGAUGGUCAGUCAUAUUCCCCAGGACAUCUCAGAUACUUCUCUUCUCGUUAAACAUUUCCAUGAGGCAUACCCCAGCUGCACGGUGACUGAUGUCCAGUUCUGCUUUGAUGUCAGGAGGCUGAUAAAAUUGGACUCGGAGAGACGCAAGGCUAUGAAUGGACGCAUGUAUUUUGCUGGACGAGCUCAAAAAGAAGGAAAACUAAUGAUGAAAACUCACCCACUUGCCCGAUUGUGUCGCUGUGACUGUUGGGGGUUUAAACAGGUAGAAGCUGAACAGUAUUACGCAGAGCUGGAGGAGAAAUUGACUGAUGAGUUUACUGCUGAACGGAACCGGGUCAUGUUAAAGAGACUGGGGAUGGCGUUUAUUACCUUCCAGGAUGAGAGAAUGACUGCAGUGAUUAUACAGGAUUACAGCCGCCCCCACUGCCGCCGGGCCCCCCAGCAAUCCUCGGUCACGCCGAUACUCCAGUCUCACCAGUGGGAAGUGCAAUACGCUCCUGCACCAAUUGAUAUCAUUUGGGAGAAUCUGGCGGUGAGUGGGACGGUCUGGUGGCUUCGCUUUGCAGCGUUAAAUUUGGCCUUGUUCCUGCUCCUCUUUUUUCUCACUACACCUGCUGUCAUCGUGAGCACCAUGGACAGAUUCAAUGUCACCAAUCCAGUGGAAAGCCUGCAUAAUCCAGUGAUCACUCAGUUCCUCCCCACAUUCCUUCUGUGGAUGUUCUCCGUCUGCCUCCCAUUUUUGGUUUAUUAUUCUGCAUUCCUGGAGUGCCACUGGACCAGGUCCAAUGAGAAUCGGCUGACAAUGCACAAGUGUUACUUCUUCCUCGUAUUCAUGGUUAUUAUCCUGCCUUCUCUGGGUCUGACCAGCUUGGAUCUGUUUUUUCGCUGGUUAUUUGAUAAUCAUUUUCUGGAUUCUCCGAACAUGAAAUUCCAGUGUGUCUUUCUCCCUGAUAAUGGUGCGUUCUUUGUAAAUUAUGUGAUAACCGCAAGCCUGAUUGGCACAGCUAUGGAGCUGCUUCGCAUCCCUGGGCUGACUGUCUACGCUACACGUCUGUGUUUAUCUAAGACGGAAGCUGACCGUUUACACGUCAAACGAAAUCAUGCAUACGAAUUCCAGUUCGGUCUUGAAUAUGCUUGGACCACUUGUGUCUUUUCCGUGGUGAUGACGUAUAGUAUCACUUGUCCCAUCAUUGUCCCCUUUGGCCUCCUGUACCUGCUGCUGAAACACAUGACCGACCGCUACAAUAUUUAUUACGCGUACAUUCCUACGAAGUUGAGCCCCCAUCUUCAUAGGGCUGCCGCCCAGCAACUGCUUGCAGCACCAAUCCUCUGCAUGUUUUGGCUCCUCUUCUUCUCUUUGCUACGUCUCGGUACCACACAUCCUGUUACUCUAUUCACAUUUGCCUCCCUUCUCCUAUGUUUGCUAUUCUCCAUUUUUGGACUCUGUCUGCAGCAGCUACAACCAAAGAGACCAUCCAGUUAUCAGAUGUCAGAGCAGGCUGAUGGGAUUAUUCAGGAUGCAGAACGUAGCAGUAUCUCUUCCGCCAUCCAAUCCAAUGCAUUUAUGGCCUCAGUCCUGCAGGAUCAAGAACUCACCCCCCUGGCCUCUCCUGCUCAUGCCUCGUAUGGAGCUCUGGAGACACGGGCGGACCUCUCCGAUGAGGAGCCAGAGAUAACACCGGAGAACUCAGAAGAUUCUUGUCAUUGACAGUGCAGAUGUGUAACUGCAGAUCGGGACUCUGUCUUUGGUAGGAUCUUGGCUACUUGCGAGUCGGUGUUUCCUUCCUGUUUUUGCAGUCUAUGAGCUCCUCUCUGAAUAUUGUACGGGUCAGUGCCGCACUGCUGCUAAGGUCUUGUGUGGUCAGCGAGGUAUGGGAGUCUUGGCCUUGUUUAGCUGGCUCCAGCCUCACUUAAAUAUGGUCAUGGCCUAAUUUCUGUCUGGCCCUGUAUUGGGUCGAUAUCUGUUACCAGCCAGGGCUGUGUAUUAGAGGAAGCCUUGACUGAGCAGUGUGGAGAACAGUAAUGCGAUUAGAGUCUCAUACUUCCUAAUACUGUAAAGAAUCCAUUGUUGAAUUUAAGAUGCUAUAAUAUAUUUUGCUGAUAAACUGCACCCGAAGGUGCACUGCCAAGUUGUUACCUGCUUUUAUGAGGCCUGGCCAAGCAGCUGCUACACUGGGACAUAUGCAGCAUUUCCAUAAAAGAAAUACGUUGGGUUCUCUGUGCUCUUAAUGCAACAUGCACUCUGUGACGUGCAACCUCUCCUGUCACGCUCACCCGUUUCUCCACUUGAGCUGCAUUUCCUGGCUAUAUAUUUUUCCCAAGUGUGGGGAACCAAUACAUAUUGCAUUUAAAAAAUGUUAUUUAAAAUGUGCUGAUUUUGCCAAAUAUAAUUUAAAA